CAUACUGUAAACAAAUGAAAUACUGUGACACAUCAAAUGACCAUGUCUUAUAAAGGUUUCUUAAGCUGCCAUAGCAGAGAAUCGAAAGAGGACAAGGAGUUUUACGACUUAAAAAACAAAGCAGCUGAGUAUUACAGGUCUAACGGAGUCCCGCAGAGGAUCGAGGACGCCUUGAACGAAAUGUUUUUUCAGAAGCCGGAUGAUAUCUAUGGUUAUUUGGCAAACUAUUUUUCUCGGUUCUCGUAUACUCCUGUGAUAAGCAGGAUCACCGGAAAGGAAGUGUUUGAUGGAAGAGGAUUGCCAGCAGUUCAGAUAGACGUGCACUGCAUCAUCAGAAAUGAGGAAAAGAUGGUGUGCAGUGCAGUGAUGGGUGGCCCUUAUGAUGGCCUGACUGGGGGUGUAGCAGAGUCAGGGGAGACCAUUUCUAACAGUGACCAACUAAAACUCUGUGUAACAACAGCUUUAAAAUGGAUCAGAGAGCAUAUCGGUCCAAUGUUGCAAGGAAUCAGCCCCAAAGAACAAACCAAUAUAGACAAACUGCUCAGUGAUUUCUUAAUGGCACGUUACUUGGAGGACAAGGACAGUCGUAACAGUGAGGAGGAGGAGGAGGAGGAGGAGGAGGAGGAGAAGAACAAGAACAAGACUGAAACUGUUUCUGAUCCUCCACCCCAGGCUACACCGCCUUCUGCCUCCACCAAAGACAAGAAGGGAAGUGAUAAAGGUAAAAAAGGAAAUGGCACGGAGAAGCCCCUCCCUCCUGCUGAACCCCCAGUGCCCAGACUGACAGGGGCGAUGGCAGUGGGUGUGGUUUCAUUGGCUGUGGCUAAAACCGCUGCUAGACUUGGAGGAUUACCCUUAUACAAACAUAUACAAUCAGUGAGAGAUCAGCAGGCUCAGAAUGAGAUUCACUUGCCUGUGUCCAUGAUAACAAUACUUAGCUGUGGAAAAACUUCUGCGGGAAAACUCAACCUACUGGAGGAGGUCAUCUUACUGCCCAGCUCGCCACAAAGAGCCAGACAAGUCAUUGGAAUGGGCCUUGAGCUGCAGUGUGAAAUGCGUAGAGUUCUGAAUGGAUUGGCGUGUAAAGCUGGGCCUAUACUUAUAUUAGAGGAUGGAGCAUUACAGGUGGGGUUUGAGCGUCCUGAACAGGCUCUUGAUCUGGUCACAGAGGCGUGUGCUAAUCUGGAGCUGCCUCUGGGCUCAGAGCUGCGUCUGGCUGUAAAUUGCGCUGCUCACUGUCUCAUGGACUAUUCACGUGGGAAGUAUGAGGUGAUGUCAGGCUGUCACAAAUCCCCAGAUGAGCUGGUUGACAUGUAUGAGGGUCUGAUUAAUAAAUAUCCUGCUAUCUUAGCACUCAUUGAUCCUUUCAGAAAAGAGGAUGUAGAGCAGUGGGAGAAACUGGCAUCAGUCAUUGGUCAGUCAUGUCGCUUAAUAGCAGAUGCUUCGUCUAAUCCCUGUUCUUGCUGGAGUGAAGCAAAGCCCCUCCCACCCGGGGUCACCAAGGCCAUUAUUAGGCACCACAGCGACAUGACCAUAUGUGACCUCACACAAAGCAUAGCAGAGCAGAGAGAUACGAUGUUGGCUGCAGGCUCUGGCGAAACUGGUGAUACAUCAGUCGUUGACCUGGCAUUAGGGCUGGGUGUAUCCUUCCUCAAACUGGGCGGGUUGAGAGGAGGAGAGCGAAUGGACAAAUAUAAUCGUUUGAUGGCGAUAGAGGAAGAACUGGAACAGGAGGGGAUUCUUAGUGCCAGAGAAAUAAAACUGCCUUUUAUAAAUGACAUCAGUCCUGGUGUGACAUCAUCUGCAGUCGGUGUAACAUUAUCAUAAUGGGAUUUGUCUGAGCUGCUUGUAUGACAUAAAAAAUAAUAAUAG